AUGAAGAACAUUGAUCCGAAUGUGGUUUUUAUAUAAAAGGAAAAGUGGGAUUAUGAAUAGAUGGAAGUACUCAUUACAACUCUACAUAGGCAAUUCCUUGUAAACAAAUUGAAGUACCCAAUUUUGUGACUAUUUCAACUGUUACUUAGAACAUCAUCUAAUUGCCUACUGUUUACAUUCACUCUAAUAUAGUGUACCCUGAUGAGAAUGAGUACUCUUGUGAUGAAGAUGAUAUAGAAGCUGGCAUUGACCCUAAAGUAAUGCAGCAAUUGGAUCUUAGGCGUCAUCUGAAUUCUAAUCGAAAUUAUUCUAAACAAUAUUCGUUACUCAAUACAUUGGAAUAUGAUGAAACUUAUUAUAAUAGAAAGGUUGAAAGAUUAUAAAGGCCCCUUUUGAGAGUGUUCAUGCGUGCUCAAGAGAAUGAGUAUGAUUUAUUUUAGCAUUUUAGUUAUCGGAUGAAUGUGGCUUUUAGACCAAGCAAAGCCUAUAAAUAAAAACGAUAAAAGCAUUUAGAUUUACAUUCAAUUGAUGUUGCUAGAGAAAUUCUAAUGAAUGAGAAUAUGAUAGCACUUAAUCUGUUAAGAUAAAUAAAAUAGAGAGAAAUGCUAAAAUUGCAGUUAAUAAAAGAAGAGGAGUUUAAUUUUGUAAAUACAUUCAAUAAUUGCAAUGAUUUAUUUGGAAACUUAAAGGAGCUCAAACGUUUCUAUAAGCCAGAAGAAUAAAUGGAAUAAUAGUAAAGAGAUAACAGAAAUAAAAUAUUUGAAUCAUGUUAAAAUAAUGAUUGUUCAUAUCAAUUUUAUUCAAUCUCUUUAUCUACAGAACUUAUUGAUUUUAUGGAUGAAUAAUACUAAUAAAUAAAAGAGAAGAGCAUAGUGUGGCCUAAGAAUCCAACUAUGCUUUAAUCUUGGAAUCUUGAUAUUUACAAUAAAUUAGGGGUUCAUUAAUUAAAUAAAUAAUUGAUUUAUACAAAUGACAAUAGAACAUUAUUGAUAGCUGAUAGAACAAAGAAGAAUAAAAAAAAAGUUAAAUUAAUGCUCAUUGAUCGGAAUAGAGCUUCAAUCUUUGAUGGUGUUAGAGCUAAUUUUGAUCACUUUUAUGCUCAUUAUUAAAAAAUUAAUUAAAAAUAAGAAUAGAUUAUUGAUUAAUAAAGGAAAGAAUGUUAAAAAAUAAGAUUUGAUAAAUAAAAAAAGGAACAUUAACUCAAAUUAUAAUAGAAAAAGGAAGAAUUGAGAUAAUCUUUAAGAUUCAAAAUGAGAAUAUUAUAAGAUUUGGAUCAACCCAUUUGUACAAUUAAAAUUAAACAUUCUGAUGAAUUAAAAUUUUAAUUAGUUAAAGACAUUCACUAUAAUUCUUAAGUUAUAUUGAUAUGA